AUGCAAGUGGUAGAUACAGCUACGACCCGACAAACUAGUCAACAAGGGGAGGGAACAACAACCGUCAACCCUCUCACACAAUCGGAAUUCCCCUCGUGUCAAGCCUGGGGGGGCUUCCUAGACGCAAACCGCGAUGAGUCCUCUGGGCCCGGGGUGUCCCCGUCUCAGAACCAACUGGCCUCCGGCCCGAUCAACCUGUCUGGACUGGUGUGCAAUGUUCGCCGCACAACCGGCAAAGAGCCUCACCCCCUAGUUGGCGCAACUACCACCAUUCUCGGCGACAAGUUAUACGUCUUUGGAGGCCGAGUCCUCUCGCGCAGUCGCCCUCAGCUGACAGCCGAUCUCUACGAAUUGGAUCUGAUCCGUCGCCACUGGACCAAGAUCGAUGCUGGCGGUGAUAUUCCGCCCCCACGCUAUUUCCACAGUAUGUGUGCUCUGGGCGAUAAUAAGUUGGUUGCGUAUGGUGGCAUGUCUCCCGCCCCGGGGACUCCUCGCGAUCCUUCCAAUCCGGGUGCGGGAACAGAAACACAAUCGGAAGUCGUUGUCAUGUCAGAUAUCCAUAUCUUCGAUGUGCCCUCGCGGAGGUGGACUCGUGUUGCGGCUCACGAGUCGCCGCAAGGGAGAUAUGCUCACUGUGCGACCAUUAUGCCUUCCAGUGCGAGCUUCACCUCGGCCAGUGCGCCACUUUCUGCAAUCCACCAUAACCCGGAGUCCAACACGCCCCAUCAAGGCUCCCUCGGAGUGGACAUCGAUGGCUUUGGAGGCGCCGAGAUGGUGGUCGUUGGAGGCCAGGAUAGCUCUAACCAUUACAUUGAGCAGAUCAGCGUCUUCAAUCUUCGCAGUCUGAAAUGGACCAAUACCAGCCCCCCUCGGACGCAGUUGUGGGAAUCGCAUGAGCCCAUUGAGCAGAGCGAUGAGCCUGGCUGUCCGAUGUUGAUCUACUCGAAUUAUAAUUUCCUCGACGUCAAAUUGGAAUUGCAGGUACGCCUGCCGGAUGGGCGUCUUGUCGAGCGACCUAUGCAGAGUCAGGCAUCUCCUCCGGGUCUACGUUUCCCCAAUGGCGGUAUCAUCAAUGGUCAUUUCGUGGUCAGCGGUACCUAUCUUACAUCCUCCAAGCAGGAAUAUGCGCUUUGGGCACUGGACCUCAAGACUUUGACAUGGGGCCGGAUUGAUGCCGGCGGGUCGGUCUUUGGCCAGGGCAGUUGGAACCGCGGUAUCCUUUGGCCGCGCCGCAGUACUUUUGUCAUUCUUGGGCAUCGGAAGCGCAGCUUGGUGGAUGAUUAUAACCACCGACGCAUCAACUUCUCUCAUGUUUGCAUGGUGGAAUUGGAAGCCUUUGGCCUUUACAACAACCCAUCUCGCACCGCCCCGACAUCUGGAUAUAAAUCAUACAGCUCGCCCUCCGUUCCUGUUUCUCUGCAACAGAAAUUGACGCAAUUGACGACGAGUCGCCCUCUCUCUGCUGCAUCAGAUGAACUCGGCAAGAUCGCCCUAUCUCUUCACGAGAUGUCCGACAUGGAACUGCAAGCUGUCGGUGGAGAACGAAUCUCUGUCAACUCCCGUGUUUUAGCCCGAAGAUGGGGACCCUACUUCAUCCAGCUACUGCGCGAGUCAUCCGAAGAGGAAAUUGCAGGAGGAGCCACCCUCCGCCCAUCCCAGAUGCAUCCAAGCCGCAACUCGAGCAUCACCAUCACUCCCUCUAUCGGCCAAAACAGCAGCUACUCCAACGCCACCACCCUGAUCAACCCCUCCGUGCCAUCCAAAGCACUCCUGGAAAAUCUCGAAGCCCCCUCCGCCCACACCCUAACUCCCACCUCCCGCCCACGCUCCUCGUUCAAUACCUCUACACCUCCGCAAUCCCCCCCACCAGGCUCAUCCCUCUGCACACCCCAAAUCCUCUGCUCCCUCCUCCAACUCGCUCGGCCUUAUCAAGUCAACGGCCUCCUCGAGGCAACAGUCGAACGCCUCCACCAAGUCCUGGACGGCCGCAAUGCAGCAGCCGUCUUCAACGCAGCAGCCAUGGCCGCCGGCGGCGGUCGCGGCACUGGCUUCACCUCCGGCCUCGGCGGGACACUAGAAGCGCUAAACGGCGUCCAAGGACGAAACGGCUCAAUCGCCGUAUCAGAGACAACGCAUUCGCAAAACAGCGUCCUGCACGCCUCAGACUCAUCCGACACCGAACACGGUGGAGGCGCACAAUCCAUCUCCGCCUCAAGCAGUACGAACGACCUCGCCAACUUCGCCCGCGGCAUCCCCUCGCUGCGCAUCGACACGAAUAUUUCCCAAUCGCAACAGUCUCAGCAACAGCGACGCGGUCGCUCGCGCGGUGAUCGCGACGACUCGAUUAGUAAUACCAGCACGGCGACGUCGGCGUCUAGGUGCUAG